UACAGGGCCUCACGCAUUUGUUAUUUCUGCAGCUUAUCACAAGUGUUGGAGAUUUUUCUCAGUGGUAAGUACAUCAUAUGUCACCCUUAUGAGGCUGGAUGGGCGUCGAAAUUGAAAUCAUGGACUCCCACCUGGAGUGGAAUGCUCCAAAACCAAGGCAUCUCUCUCCCCUGAAGGGUGCUUUACAACGUGGGCUUGUGAGUGGAGCCGUUUCUCCAAUAUUAAUCUUUAUGCUUUGUGAUGAUCUACCUGACUGUAUUCAGGUAGCUAGCUUUUUAAGCUAUGAACUUAUGCAGAGCACAAAUGAAGCAGACUUCUUCACUGAAUACGGCGAAGCGAGCCGAUACCAGAUUCAAGAGGUGUCGGCAAGGGAAGUUAUGGGGUCGUCGACGCGGCCGUGGAUACCCACAAUGGAGAGAAGGUUCAGCCAUAUCCUCGCCCUAUUAUGUCUUGCGACAGGCAAGUUCGUAUGCGAGAAGUUUUUUGUGGCUUUGGUAACUUCCAUCUCUGUGAAAAUGGGGUUCUUCUACGGGGAUAGGUGCCCAAUCUAUAGGCUGCAUCGAUUCAUCUAUGCACUCACAUUGCCAGGGAUUGGUUUUACAGUGAAGAUAAGGAACAUAGCAAUAAAGUGGUUGUUCCAGGAUUGUCUAACAGUGGGCAACUUUUGUGAUCAAUUGCUUGCGAAAUAUGCUAAAUAUGUGGGCCUGAAAAGGGACUUUCGUCUUGUGGUAAGAGGUGAUGCUCGUAAAUUGCCUGCUAUUCUUAAUGGAUCUGAUGAUGAGGUGCUCAUAAUUAAAAGUGUGACCCAUAGAGAUUUUAAUGCAAUGAUAAAGGGGUUCUUCUACGGGGAGAGGUGCCAAAUCUAAAGGCUGCAUCGAUUCAGCUAUGCACUCACAUUGCCAGGAAUUGAUUUUACAAUGAAGAUAAGGAACAUAGCAAUAAAGUGGUUGUUCCAGGAUUGUCUAACAGUGCACAACUUUGGUGAUCAAUUGCUUGCGGUUUUUACGUUUUGUUUUUGCAUGUAACAUGUGCCUUAUCUUCCCAGUGAACUUGUGACUUGGAAAAUUCUAUAAUGCUUCUCUUUUCAUUCCUUUACCAAAUGAACUAAUGUGAUGUUGAAUA